AUGGCUUACAUGAAGAUGCACUUGAUGUACAUUUCCCUGGUGGUCCUGGGAGCCCUCUGUUUGUAUUUUAGCAUCUACAGCCUGACUCCUUUUAAAGACGAGCCAUUUGUUUUCAAGAAAGAAAGGGGGAACUUCCUUCAGCUUCCAGAUAUCAACUGCAGGCAGGAUCCCCCCUUCCUUGUCCUGCUGGUGACCUCCUCCCACGAACAGAUGUUUGCUCGCACGGUCAUCCGGAACACGUGGGGGAAAGAAAAGAAUGUGAACGGAAGACUCAUAAAAACCUUCUUCCUUCUGGGAGCCACAUCCAGUAAGGACCUGUCGAAAGUGGUGGUGCAGGAAAGCCAGCGGCAUCAUGACAUCAUCCAGAAGGACUUCAUGGACGCCUACUUCAACUUGACCCUGAAGACCAUGAUGGGUAUCGAGUGGAUCCACCGCUUCUGUCCUCAGGCAGCUUUCGUGAUGAAAACGGACUCGGACAUGUUUGUCAACAUCUACUACCUGACCGAGCUGCUCCUCAAGAAAAACAGAACCACUCGGUUUUUUACCGGCUUCUUAAAACUGAACGAAUUUCCGAUUAGGGACAAGCACAACAAGUGGUUUGUCAGUAAAUACGAAUAUCCGUGGGAGAAGUACCCGCCCUUUUGCUCGGGCACUGGGUACGUGUUUUCCAGUGAUGUGGCAAGUCAGGUGUACGAUGUGUCCGACAGCGUCCCAUUCAUUAAGCUCGAAGACGUCUUCGUGGGGCUCUGUCUGGCAAAACUGAAAAUCAGGCUGGAGGAACUCCACUCAGAGCAGACCUUUUUCCCAAACGGGUUGGCGUUUUCCACGUGUCGUUUUAAGAAGAUCGUGGCCUGCCAUUUCGUCAAGCCUCGCAACAUGCUGAGCUAUUGGCAGGCUCUGGAGAAUUCUCUGGAAGAAGAGUGUCCAGCUGUCUGA